AAUCAAUAUAAAAUAUCCGAAGAUAUAUCACAUGUAAUAUAAGGAAGUGGAAUUCCCAGGUAGUUACUGUUGCUUUAAAAGAUAUAACAAAUGUAAAGUGCGUUAUACCCAGUUGCUUUUGAUGUAGAAUAGCAGGUUUCAAGGUGUAUGAGUAAUUUGCUGAGUGCUAAUAUGGAUGUCUCGAAACAGCGAGAGUCCUUUUAUAAAACGUUAGAGGAUCAAAACAAAGAUGUUCCGAACGAUGUCCGACAACGCCGAUACUGCAAAUACAUUACAAACUUUGCAUCUCAUUUCGGUAAGGAAAGAUGCAUGGUGGUGGGGAGUACUACAGAAGGAACCAGACUGCGGUCAAACAUAAAUGAGGGAGAUUUUGAUUACCUGAUUAUAUCAGGAAUAUCCAUACCCGUAGACGCUUUGGAACAUAGAAAGGACCUACCUUGCUUUGUCCACAUAAGAGGUGACAAAUUUCAACAUUCAUUUUCUCACAAUUUGGUAGACGGGAAAUACCUGCCCAGUCGUAUUCUAAAAGAGGUCGACAAAGAAGCUUUUAAAAUAAUGAGAGGUCUAUUCCAUGUCCUUACGGUACCACGUGUUACCAAGGAGAGACAAACUGUUCACGCCGAGUUCAACCGUGAAGCUAAACCUGGUAUGUGUACAGAACAUUAUGCUGGCUUCGAGGUAGUUGGUGAUGAUUUAACUCACAGUAUGAAAUAUCGUCUUACCGAACUUCUCAGUAUGCUUGCUGAGACGACACAUAACGACAUAUUUAGUUCUACAAUAGGACAGAUCCUUGUAGGGUUAAUAGUUGCCUCAGUGGGCGAUCCGGAGUGUUCUCACCCGAAAAGAAGAAAACAGGAAACUGAGGCAAAUGAAAGACGUACCACUGACGAUACAUCAAACGAAAAAGUAUGCCGGGUUAGAUUUAACUACAAAUCAAGCAAAGAUUUUAUUGCUGCAUUCCCUAUUGAUGGAAAGCUGCAAUGUCUAGAAGAAUGGAAAUGUAGAAUACUGAAUAGCGACAAAGUAUUUUGGCCGAGCUCCGAAGCUGUUGAUAAAAUCUGUCAGUCGGAGGUGUACGUUGUAGCCAAGCCAGCAAUUGUUGACCCAUGUACCGGUAUUGACUUUUGCCUCGGAUUCAACCAAGCUGAAAUGAUCCUAGCUUCUUGUCUGAGCUCUGAUCAAAGAUUGUGUGUCCUGCUUCUAAAAUCUCUUCAGAAAGGUUAUCUUAAAAAGUACUCUUCAAUACUUACAACUUUUCACUGGAAAACAGCCUUUUACCACAAAUGCGAACACAUUGAUUCAGGUCUCUUUGAUCGUCAUUCGACUAUAUUGAAUGCCCUUGAAAAAGUGUUGUCCUACAUGAUAGAUUGCUUGGAGAGAAAGUAUCUGAAGCAUUAUUUCAUAGAGAGCAACUUAAUAGCCCAUAUUACUGAGACAGAAACCAAUGAAAUCAAAGGAAAGAUCAAAGAAAUUAUCGCAGAUCCAGAAGCAGCUCUCCAAGUGUAUUUCGAUAUGAAUAAAGAAUGCGAAAGCUCAAAACAAGAAGAAGAAAUUUCUAUGAUAGAAAUGGAAGAAUUGAAGAAAUGUAAAUUUGAUACUGCAAUUAGGAUACCAAAAGUAUUAACAAUGAUGUCAGAUUUACAAAAAGAAGCCAGUGACGGUUCUUCACUCACAAAAGCUAUUUUUGAUACGUUAUUUAUGGUAAUCGAAGAGGAGACAGAUAUUCCAUUAAAACGAUCAGAUACCCCACAGAACCCAAUGGACCUUUUAAGAAAAGUUAUCAUUCAUAAAACAACAAAAUUUAACACGCGAGAAGAAGAGAAGGAGGCCCUAGGCAACGUCAGGGCUGCUGGGUUUUCCCUAGUUAGUCAGGCAUUUUUUGGUGGGUUUAAGUGAUGGUUAACGUCCUUAAUACUGUCUCUACUGUCGUUUAAGGUCAACUUGACUUUAUUAUGGUUAUAUGACUUUAAGAUGUGGCAUGGCACUCAAAGUGCUUGCCUAUCGUUUACGAUUGUAAGUGAAUGUAAAUAGUUGAUUUCUCUUUUUUAUUUGUAGUUUAUAUGUAAAUAUGUGUAAGAUGCAUAUCCUGUUAUUCUUAUUAUCUUCAUUUUGGACUACGGAAUUGAAGCACAGAUUCUGAAAUAAAAGGACUGUUAUUUUGAUUUUCUUUUGUGAAGUGCAUGUACAAGUAUUAUCUUGCAAUUUUGAAUACUUUAUUUUGUAUUUCCAUUGUACUAACGAACUAAAAGCUAUUUGUUGAUUUUUUAUUUAUCUAGUUAAGAAUUGAAAACACUAAGUUGCUCGAUUGGUGCCAUAUGUGGAGCAGGAUCUGCUUACACUUCCGGAGCACCUGAGAUCACCCCUAGUUUUUGGUGGGGUUCGGGUUGCUUAUUCUUGUAAGUUUUCAAUGUUUUUUCAUGUGCACUAUUGUUUGUCUGUUUGUCUUUUUUAUUUUUAGCCAUGGCGUUGUCAGUUUAUUUUCGAUUCAUGAGUUUGACUGUCCUCUGAUAUCUUUCGUCCUCGUCUUUAAUAAUGUUCUAUGAAGUCAAAGAUAGGGCAUUGUUAUUCGCAUUUGACAAUGAUAAUACAUCGAUCCCUAUUAAUAUUAAAAGUUUUUUUGCUAUUGCCCUUGUUGUGAGCUUUUUGUUUAUUUUGAUAAUAUUUUUUUUCAAUUCCUUUAUCAGUAUAUCAUUUAUUUCAUGGUUUCACAUUUUGCGGUAUUUUGUUUAAAAAUCAGUUCGCCCAACGGGGUUAUUUGACAAAUAUGUACUUUCGGUUUUCCAUUUUCGGUACCUUUUUUUAAAUAGUUUUGAAGUAAUUGUAGUUACUUGAAUCCUUA